AGACGCGGAGGGGUGGGGCGGAGGGAUCUACACUGAGCAGCACGGUUUGUCCCGGUGACGCAGUUGGUUGCUAGGUGUGAAUGAACUGAUGCUUUCUCACAAUUAAGCGGCUCCUCAGUUUACAGGUCGACCACAACAAAGCAACAACUCGUCCCCUUUUUUUGGCGCUGUCGCGGAUAUUCCGAGCUAAAAACAAAACAUGGCUCUUUAAACUCGUUUAGUUGUUGGACCCCGAAAAGAUACCGUGCUUUGCUUUAGCAACGCACCCCCAAAAGCUCUACCUUUUUUCUGCAAGAAUGGAGUUUCAUUAUGCUCACCCAGCCCUGCUCUCUGUGGCCCAUCUGUCAGACCCUGCUAGCUCUCAGCAUAUGCUUGGACUUGGACUGAAUCAAAGCACCAACAGACAAAAUGAUGGCAACAUCAGCUCCUGUUUGGAAGACUCUUCGUGUCUGCCCGGCAGACCCCCUCGCUCUCUCUCACCCACAGGCUAACCACAGCCAAUCACAGGGGUGCAGGGGGGAGGUGUCAGAGGAGAGUCAGCACUUAAUUGGUGAGUUGCAGCGAGUACGCUUUUUUAUAUUUUUCCCCAUUUCAGGUGGGCUCGGCACUGCACCACAUUCGUCCUUCUUGAACAGUGAUGGUCUUACUGACUGGAUGACGGAAGAAGUGGAUUUCUCCUCGUACCUCCCAAACCCUCCUUCCCCUCCCUCCUCCACCAAUGCCUCCCUUCCCCCUUCACCCCUUCAGAAUGAUAUCCAGGUGCCCUCUGACUUGGAGGUCAUGACCUCUCUGCUGCAAGAGGAACUCGCCCAACUAGAGGACUACUUCCUGUCUGAGCCACUGCCAGAGAAAGGGCCGAGGCUGGGAAAAUGUGACAGGGGUCCACUGCCGGCGGGUCCUCAGCCGUUCAGUCAGCUGCCAUACGCAUCAUACUCCACAUCCAACCAAUCAGAAUCCAGCCCACUCCUUGUUACCCUCGCAACCGGAGAACUGGAUCUGCUGAGUAUCUGUGGCGGGCCCAUUGGGCGAUCCAAAAUUCCAAGACACGCCCCAUACAGCUGCAGUCGCCCCAGUGGGUGUGUUAGGAAAAGAGUUCCUGACGGUGUGAGGUUCAGUGAAGGCUACGAUAACAGCUUGUUGAGUUCCAAAGGAAGUAACUCAGGUAAUUCGGCGGUGACCCUUACAGGUAACUACAACUGUGUGGAGGACGAGCAGCUGGUAGGGAAAAGCUACUGUCUAGGUAGUGCAGUCGAGGUAAGAAGAUGUGCCGUUCUACCCAAAGAAGAGAAGAAUUGCUGUUUCAGUCAAGAUGUCAUUGGUGGUGCAAAGGUUGUUGCUGGUGGAUUUGGCUUUGGUGGAUCACUUGAUGUCCCGCACAAGAAAGAGGAUCUGCUGAUGUAUAGCAUGAGGGAGGUCAGCGGAGGCACGGGUACCAACGAGGUGCUGAAUAGUAUCAAAACUAGUGUGGAGGUGACGAAAGCCACCGUUUCUUGGAAAACAGAGGGCAGUGAAGGUUAUCUUCCAGCUGUUUCGCAGUCCGAGGCCUAUCAUAGCUUCUUAGGCAACAUCAACGAACAGGUGAAGUCAGAGAGUUUACAGAUAGCGCAACAUGAUUUACAUUGUAAUUUCCUGGAGGAUCAGGGCCCAGAGUGUCUUUUAAUGGCCAGGGAGAGUCUUAACUUGGAGUCUCCGGGGCACAGACAAGCAUGCAGGCUGAAGGAAGACCAUUGUGCUUUGAAAUAUGAAGAGGACCUCAUUCCAGCUGAAGGUGGCGAGCGCAAACAGAAGAAGAGAGACCAAAACAAAACUGCUGCUCACAGGUAUCGCCAACGAAAAAGGGCGGAGCUCGAUUCUUUGGAGGAACAGUUGCAUGGACUUGAAGGGAGGAACCGGGAGCUCCGGGACAAGGCAGAGUCGGUGGAACGUGAAAUCCAGUACGUCAAAGACCUGCUGAUUGAAGUUUACAAGGCCCGCAGCCAAAGGCUCAAGCAGGACACAACAGCGUAACACCGAGCUCCUGCAAGUACAUUUAAAGAGGGCGUAACAGGGAAAAUGUGGCGAUUUUUGUGUCUUUAAGAUUGUCCAGAAUUGAAUGUUUAAUUUCAUUUUUUUCCAAGGCGGGCGGGGUGUAUGCAUGCUUUGCUAAUGUGAAUUAUUUUUUAACAUUUUAAAUCAACACUCUAUCCAAUGCUUCCAUUGCUUUCGCACUAUAAUCACUCGAGCCUGCACUGUGGCAUUGCAAUGCUUUAAAUGACAAUCAUUUUAAAUAGAUCUCGCACUGCGCGGAUCUACUAUUUGAAAUACGGUUAUUUCUGAAGAAGUAAUGUUAUUCAUUAUGCAGGUUUAAUAUUUUUAACAGCCUUAUAUUGGAAUUGAUGUCAGCAAUAGAACUUCAUGUUUUUUUUCUUUCUGUUUUUAAAGUUUUUUUUACACCCUUUUCAACAGUUGUCUAAUUUGUUGUUGGUGUCAACAUGUAAAACUGCAUUUCAUUUCAUUUUGAACACAUCUUUCAAAAUACUUUUUUCUAGAAUAAUUUCUCACCUCCUUUGAACGGCAACUGUCAUAUGAAUAUUUUAGAAUAUUAAAAUUGCGCUUAGAUAUAUAUUGACUUUUACAAGCGCGGAAAGAAUGGCUGAUGUACUGACGAGUCAAAAACAUUUUUGUCUAAUUUAAUAUUGUUGUGGUUUUUUUUUAAGAUUGCCUUUGAUUGACUAGACUUAACAAGAUCUAAUGCAGCCUGAAAUAUUCAUCACUUAAGGAGAUUGGAUGUUGUUUUCUUUUCUUUUUUUAACUGAAUGUCAUUGCGUUGUUAGAAACAUUAUUUUGUCAACUGUACUAACAUUAGUUUUCUCCCGAUAUUUGCAUUACUUCUAAUGUAAGAAAUCACAUUUUACCCAGCACUGAAUAAUGUCCAAAUGAUACAUUAUGUGACCAAAAUAGAACUAAUUUAUCAUUUAUGCUGUUUUUUUUUAAGGUGGAAUCUAGCAUUUUAUUGUGUUUGUGGCAGUUUGAAAAAUGUUCUUCUAUUGCAUAUUGCAAAUUAUUCAAUCUAUUUUGCAGCUCAGGAUAUGCAAUUUGUCAUCCAGUCCUACAAAUGCCAGUGGAUGACUGAUGGCAGGAGAUCUUUGUCCUUCAUUUUACUGCUCGGCAUACAGGUUUUCCUGAUGUUAAAAAAACAUUUUCCUUAUGUACAAAUAUUGUAACUAGUGGAGUUGUAGCAGCCUCCCUCUGCAUGUUUUUCCAUAAACGGAGUAGAAGAUGUAGGAUUUCAGAAACAAGUCGGGGAUUGUUCCUCUAAAGUGCUUGUUAAGGCAAUAAGUUUUAUAGGCCUCUGGCUGAUCUGCACUAAUUUGUAACAACUUUUGUAUGUUCAGGGAGUGAAGUGUGUUAGCAUUUUCUUUGUAGAAAAUCAACUAAAAAAAUCUAGUUAGGGAUUUUGCAGUGUAAGCUUUCGUGUAAGAGGAUACUGUGUAAAUUAUUUCCAAUUGGAUUUGUUGCAAAGCAAAUACUGUUACUGUUUAACAUGCCUACACUGGGGAUAGAAUUUUUUUCUAUGCAUAUUUAUUUUAAGACAAUCUUGGAUAUAAACGCUGACUCAUAGACAUUUAUUUAUUAAUGUUUAUUCAGUUUUUGGGCCAGAAAUUCAUGUCACAUUGUUUGAUCCUCCUGCGGUGCACUAUCAACUCCGAUUGUUAAAACCAAAAAUAUGUGACAGCACAUCAUAACGCUUUGUAAUUUCAUGUUAAUUUAAUCAUAUUUGCAUAUUUCCUUUGUGUGGCAUCAUGUUUUUUCUUUUUCUUCUAAAAAAUAAAGGGUGUCAUCUA